AUGGCGGAGAAGAAGGGGAACGGCCAGGGUAAGGCCGAGCCGGGGCCUCGGCUUGUCGCCCUGCGCGGUGUGCGGGAGGGCGGGCGCGGCGAAGGGCUCGACCCUGGGCGCCGGACCAGUGAGACCUGCGUCGCCCCGCCGCGGAAAGGCAGGCUCUGGCGGCGGGAGAGGCAUCGGCUGGUGGGCUGUGUCCUGACCGGUGCUGGUGGCAAGGUGGCACACGGACAUGCACAGGCACAUAUACCUAUUAGGCAGGCAUAUAAAUACAUUCCUCCUACUCCCAUCCCAUCCCAGGUGACCGCAUCACUGCCUCCCGCUCAGGCCUGUUUCCAGCUCAGGGCCAGGGGCUUCUUAUCAGCAGUCCCUGUCAUGGGGGAUGCCACCAGCCACCAGGAGCCAUGGUUUCAAAAUGAUGCUACAGCUGAAAUUGAGAACAAGAUUAUAGAAGCUUUUGAGGUGUUUGACCAUGAAGGCAAUAAAACUGUGCAUGUCAGAGAGAUUGGUUUAAUUGUCAGGUCACUGGGUUGCUUCCCAACUGAGGCAGAACUACGUGAACUGCUUGCAAAGGUAGAAGAAGAACCACCAACAGGAUACAUUCACCUGGAAAAAUUUCUUCCAGUGAUGACAAAAGUCCUACUUAACAGAAGCUACCGGCCAGUUCCAGAAGAUGUUCUUCUACAUGCAUUUGAGGCUUUGGAUGAGAAUAAACAUGGAUACCUUACUAAAGAGGAGCUAGUCAAGUAUUUGACUCAAGAAGGUGAGCCCUUUAGUCAGGAAGAAAUGGAGGACAUGCUCUCCACUGCUCUAGAUCCAGAAACCAAUACCGUUCGCUACAGAGACUACAUUUCAAUGUUGAUAGUAGAUGAAGCUAAGACCUUCUCCUUUAAUAUUUGA